AUGGCUAGUGACUUCGUCUUCCCCUGUGACCUCUACCCCUCGCCCUCACCCCGUCUCACCUCUCCAGGGAGUGACUUCGUCUUCCCCUGUGACCUCUACCCCUCACCCUCACCCCGUCUCACCUCUCCGGUCAGUGACUUCGUCUUCCCCUGUGACCUCUACCCCUCACCCUCACCCCGUCUCACCUCUCCGGUCAGUGACUUCGUCUUCCCCUGUGACCUCUACCCCUCACCCACACCCCGUCUCACCUCUCGGGGCAGUGACUUCGUCUUCCCCUGUGACCUCUACCCCUCACCCACAACCCGUCUCACCUCUUGGGGCAGUGACUUCGUCUUCCCCUGUGACCUCUACCCCUCACCCUCACCCCGUCUCACCUCUUGGGGCAGUGACUUCGUCUUCCCCUGUGACUCUUCCCCUCACCCACACGCCGUAUCACCUCUCGGGGCAGUGACUUCGUCUUUCCCUGUGACCUCUACCCCUCACCCUCACCCCGUCUCACCUCUCGGGGCAGUGACUUCGUCUUCCACUGUGACCUCUACCCCUCACCCUCACCCCGUCUCACCUCUCCGGGCAGUGACUUUAACUGCUCCUCUGACCUCUACCCCUCAUCCUCACCCCGUCUCACCUCUCCGGGCAGUGACUUUAACUGCUCCUCUGACCUCUACCCCUCACCCUCACCCCGUCUCACCUCUCCGGGCAGUUACUUUAACUGCUCCUCUGACCUCUACCCCUCACCCUCAAAUCGUCUCACCUCUCGGGGCAGUGGCUUCGUCUUCCCCUGUGACCUCUACCCCUCACCCUCACUCCGUCUCACCUCUCCGGGCAGUGACUUCGUCUCUCUGCGUUAACUUGCAUUUGAAGAAGGUUGAGAACACAGUUGACUUCGUCUUCCCCUGUGACCUCUACCCCUCACCCACACCCCGUCUCACCUCUCCAGGGAGUGACUUCGUCUUCCCCUGUGACCUCUACCCCUCGCCCUCACCCCGUCUCACCUCUUGGGGCAGUGACUUCGUCUUCCCCUGUGACCUCUACCCCUCACCCACACCCCGUCUCACCUCUCCAGGGAGUGACUUCGUCUUCCCCUGUGACCUCUACCCCUCACCCACACCCCGUCUCACCUCUCGGAGCAGUGACUUCGUCUUCCCCUGUGACCUCUACCCCUCACCCACAACCCGUCUCACCUCUUGGGGCAGUGACUUCGUCUUCCCCUGUGACCUCUACCCCUCACCCUCACCCCGUCUCACCUCUCCGGUCAGUGACUUCGUCUUCCCCUGUGACCUCUUCCCCUCACCCACACGCCGUAUCACCUCUCGGGGCAGUGACUUCGUCUUCCCCUGUGACCUCUACCCCUCACCCUCACCCCGUCUCACCUCUCGGGGCAGUGACUUCGUCUUCCACUGUGACCUCUACCCCUCACCCUCACCCCGUCUCACCUCUCCGGGCAGUGACUUUAACUGCUCCUCUGACCUCUACCCCUCAUCCUCAUCCCGUCUCUCCUCUCCGGGCAGUGACUUUAACUGCUCCUCUGACCUCUACCCCUCAUCCUCACCCCGUCUCACCUCUCCGGGCAGUGACUUUAACUGCUCCUCUGACCUCUACCCCUCACCCUCACCCCGUCUCACCUCUCCGGGCAGUUACUUUAACUGCUCCUCUGACCUCUACCCCUCACCCUCAAAUCGUCUCACCUCUCGGGGCAGUGGCUUCGUCUUCCCCUGUGACCUCUACCCCUCACCCUCACUCCGUCUCACCUCUCCGGGCAGUGACUUCGUCUCUCUGCGUUAA